AUGAAACUAGAAACAGUGGACAGAGCACGCUUGCAGCAGGGACAAGAAGACCUGAAGCCUGCUGCAGCUGCGCAGGGGCUGCUCUCGAUAUACAUGCUAACAGUGUCAGCCGUCUGUGGAUUGUCCGGUGCGGCGCUUUCCUCAUUUCUUCCUGGUUCGCGGAUAAUUAACGCUUUAAGCUCAGAUCGCCUCCUGCCGUUACCUGCUGACAUGACGCGUCGUCCUGUGAUGUCGGUCUUUAUAUUCUCCAUUCUUGUCUCAUUCGGCCUCCUCAUAGACCGUAACGUGCUGCUGAUGCUUGUGUUUUUUACAACUCCUCUCAAGAUGAUCAUUGCUGUUUGUCUGGUUGUGCUCCAACACUAUCGCCCUGAUCCAGUUGGAAUCCCACAAGAGACAUGUCAAUAUAAGUCCAUACGCAAAAAACGACAACAAGUUAGUUUGACUGAAGAAGACGGUAGCAUCGUGACCAGCACGUUGACGCAUGACGGCGACGACAGCGACUGUUCCGUUGACACUUCCGUUCUCUUGCAGAUGGCAGUCGCAAAAAAAGAAACUUUACGUCUUCAAGGACGACUAGAAAAGAAACAGGAUAAUUACCUCUCAGAAAAAGUGCCCGUACUAGCAAAAUCCGUCUCACACUACAAUUCAAUGGCACCAGUAGCGGAAUGUCCAGAGGUGCACAAUUGCAUUGCAGACCCAUGUUCUAUACGGGAGGACUCAGACGAUGAUGGUCCACAUCAAAUUCACCUCUACAGUCGGGAAGUACCGGAACUACCUUUUGUUGAGAGUUUUCGUGGAGUCGAUCGACCAUCAACUCCUGUGGACGCCAAUGAACAAUACAGGAAAUCCAAGUGGGUUCUGACCCUCUUCAUCACAUCAUCAGUACUUUUCACCCAGCUGGCGGUUGUCUCUGGCUUUGACACUGUCUCCUCAUCGAUACUACUUUCACUGUUCCUUGCUGUUGUGUUCCUAUCCAUCAUGUUAGCAUCGAAGCUUUCUACCAACCAUCACUUACAGAGGAGACAAGCGAGAGUCCUCUUCUUCCCGUACAUGUCCUACUUCACGCUCUUUCUCCUCAUUUUUGUUCUUUCGACGACUAAAACGUUUACGUUUCUCUUAUUCAACAGCUGGAUACUUACAGGUGUACUGCUAUAUUUCAUCUACGGCCACUGGAAUAGCACUCAGAAACAUCGAAUUCACGAUGGUUUUCAUGAAGACGAUGAUGCUGAGAUGUACCGUGCAAUUAUUGGCAACGACUACGCGAUACAGUCCGAAUCCCUCAAACGCGACGCUGUCCAUAUUCGCCUGAAAUAUCUCGAUUAUUCAUCAUUGAACGAUGAUCUCGAGAAGAAAACUUCAAGAUUCUUUAACUUCUUCGAUUUUCUACCCGCAUUUCAGGACCUUCUGGACUUUAUCAGAAUAGAAUUUUAUAUGGGAUCGCUGACGUCAUUCGUAUCGAAUCCGAAGAAUCUCACGCAGAUAGCGGAAGGAAAGACAAAAGUGAUCUUUGAUGUCAACGGCCACGAGGGCUUUGUUCUCAUACGAUCGAAAGAUCAACUGACCGCUUUCAAUGCCGCUCGCAAAAAUCUGUUGGAGGGCAAGGCUCGGAUCGCCAACAAGACAACGACGAGCGUAUUCAAGUAUCUGCAGGACAUAGGACUUGAAACACAUUUUGUGGAAGAAGCAAGUGAGACGGAUUUCAUCGCGAAGAAAUGCCAAAUGAUUCCUAUCGAAUGGGUAGCCAGAAGAGUUGCCACAGGAUCGUUCCUGAAAAGAAAUCCGGGUGUCCCACAAGGAUAUCGUUUCCAUGAACCGAAGAUCGAGACUUUUUUCAAGGAUGAUGCCAACGACGAUCCACAAUACUCUGAUGAGCAAAUAGAAUGCGCCAACUUUGAAUUCAACGGAGUGAAAAUAGGGAAACCAGAGAUCGUUUUGAUGAAGAAAAUGACGUCUGUAAUAUUCCGUGCACUUGAAAAAGCUUGGAACAAAGCUAACUGCGCCCUAAUCGACAUGAAGGUAGAAUACGGUGUUACUACCGAUGGAAGGAUCGUAUUGGCUGACGUAAUCGACAAUGACUCGUGGAGAGUUUGGCCACACGGUGACAAACGUCUACAGUUGGACAAACAGUUCUACAGAGAAAUGAAAGAAGUGACAUCAGAAGCACUGCAACAACUUAUAUCCAACUAUGAAAAGGUAAUGGAACUGACGGCUGGCUUCUCCUCGACGUCCCAGUGUCGGGCUGUGAUUAUUAUGGGUUCGCCGGCCGAUUUGUCGCAUUGCGAAAAGAUCGCCGCAAGCUGCAAAUCGCUGGGAAUCACUCCAAUCCUGCGCGUCAGCUCUGCGCACAAGACCACUCGUGAAACAUUGGAAAUUCUGGCUGAGUAUGAGGACACGGAUAUACCUACAGUGGUCGUAGCAGUAGCCGGACGCUCGAAUGGAUUGGGGCCAGUGCUGGCGGGGAACACUUGCUUGCCAGUGAUCAACUGCCCUCCAGUGACGGAAAACAAUGUUUUGACGGAUCUGUGGUCAUCGCUGAGGAUGCCAUCAGGCAUCGGCUGCAGCACUGUGAUGGGAGCAGAAGAAGCAGCGCUCGCUGCCGCAAAGAUUCUGGCAUCACAUGAUUACAUGAUUUUCGGCAAAAUUCUAUGCCUGAGACUGAAUAACUCGUACAAACUUCUGGAAUCAGAAAGGACCCUGCAGAAAUGA